ACCGGGGUGUCAGAGGUCGGAAGGUGGGGUGUUGAGUCAGGCGGUUACUGAGCGUUUGCGGAUGCGAGCAGUCGGAUGGAUUAGGCACGGUCAGACCGGGAGUUGAGUGUGCAUUCCUGAAUGAUAGUGCCCGGGCAAAUGAUGGUAUGGCUUGCCUUUUCCGAAGGUCUAUAGCAGCGCAGCUUUCCAAAAUCCUGGGGACUGCUACAGAGAAGCUUAUUCCCAUGGUGUCUGCUGUUCCUGUCUCCAAGAAACAGCAAACCCUAGAUUUUCGCAUAUCUGUCAACUCUGUGCUGGAGAAAGGCUGUUUAAGAUCGGGAUCGACUGUCCAGAGUAAAGCGAAGCAAUUGUCUGAGCAGUUAACUUGUGAUGAUGUGGUUACUGAGAUUGCUGUCGGGCAAGGAACCAUUAAUUUCAAAGUGAACCGAUCUUUGCUUGCUGAGGUUGUGAUGCGAGAGAUUUCAAAGAAGGGUUCAAAAUAUGGACUAGAGAGUGAACUCUUCCAAGGUUACCCCUGUGGUCGAGUUAUUGUGGAAUUUAGCUCACCAAAUAUUGCGAAAAAAUUUCAUGCAGGACAUUUGCGUUCAACAAUUAUUGGUAACUUCAUAGCUAAUAUAAAGCAAGCUUUGGGGAAUGAUGUGAUCAGGAUCAACUACCUUGGAGACUGGGGCAUGCAAUUCGGAUUGCUUGGAGCAGGAUUUCAGCUCUUUGGCUCUGAAGUGAAACUGAAAGCGAAUCCGUUACAACAUCUUUUUGAAGUUUAUGUUGAAGUGAAUAAGAUGGCGGAAACCAGCGAAGACAUUCACAAAGCAGGACAAGAGUUCUUCAAGAAACUAGAGGGAGGGGAUGAGCAUGCCUUGAGAUUAUGGCAACAGUUUAGAUCGAUAAGCAUUGAAGAAUACCAAAAAAUUUAUCAGCGGCUUGGUGUGCAUUUUGAUGAGUACUCUGGAGAAUCGUUCUACCAAGAAAAAACACAGGAGAUUCUGUGGCUGCUGGAUCAGAAAGGACUACUCAAGAAAACAACGCAAGGAACUGGAGUAGUAGAUCUUUCACCAAAUAGUGAUCUCGCUGUUUAUGCCAAGGUGGUUCGCUCUGAUGGAACAACCCUUUACUUGACCAGAGAUGUUGCAGCUGCCAUAGAUCGAAUGGAGAAAUAUAAUUUUGACCAAAUGAUUUAUGUGACAGAUAAAGAACAGUGCACUCAUUUUCAGCAGUUGUUUGGCGUACUGAAAACCGUGGGUUACAACUGGACAGAACGAUGUCGGCAUGUUCCCUUUGGGUUAGUUAAAGGGAUGAAGACUCGGAAAGGAGAUGUUGUCUUUCUAGAAGAUGUUAUGAAUGAAGCCCGGUGCAGAAUGCUGCAAAACAUGGCUGCCUCAAAGACAACAAAGGAAUUGGAAGACCCUGAAGAUACUGCAGAAAAAGUGGGUGUGGCUGCACUUAUUAUUCAGGAUUUCAAAGGACCUCUCUUGUCUGAUUAUGAAUUCGACUGGGAUCGUGUCCUCCAAAGCCAUGGAGAUACUGGAGUAUUUUUACAAUACACUCACGCAAGGCUGUGUAGUUUACAGAGAUCAUUUGAAAAUAGAAUAGAGGAGCAGUUUGACCCAGCGUAUUUACAGGAACCUCAGGCAAUUGCAUUAUUGCAGCAUCUCCUCAGGUAUGAUGAAGUUCUCUUCCAAGUUUCGGAGGACCUCCAACCUAAACAUCUUGUAAGCUACCUGAUAAUGUUGAGCCGUCUUGCUUCUAUAGCUCACAGGACUCUGCACGUCAAAGGCAGCUUAUCUGAAGUAGCAAUGGCAAGAUAUCUACUUUUCAAGGGAACCGCUUCUGUGUUAGCCAAUGGAAUGAAACUGCUUGGUAUAACUCCAGUGGAGAAGAUGUGAUUGUAGCACCUGCUUUUAUAUUCUAAUCAAUUUAAUGGCUCAACUCAACAAAAUUUAAGUAAAGAUGUGAUUAAACCCACAUGUUUACAAUAGCUGAUUAAACUCAAAAGUAAACUUUGUUUUUAGCUGAGUACCCAUAAGGAAGAAAACAAGAUGGCAGACUACAAUUUCCUUGUGCAACAUUUGGUGGAGAGCAGGAAUUCCUCUAAUUCAACUCCACAUGGGAGGUAUGGCCCACUGUCCAAAGAAGAACAAAGAGCUGAGGAAAGCCUGUCUUGUUUCAGACAGUCUAUUUCAUAGAACGAAGAUUGAGAAAUUGCUGCUGGCUGAUCUGAUUAUGGCCAGUUUGGUAGAAAGAAAUGAAGUAUUAUUUAAUGAGCGAGUGAUUGCAGAUCUCUGUAGUGUGGAGGGAUCUGGGUAUCUUGGUACAUGUAUCACUAUGUUAACACGCAGUUGAGAAGGCAAAUGGAAUGUUGUUUAUCGUAAGGAGGAUGGGAUAGAAAAGUAGCAAUGUUUACUGCAGCUGUCCAAAGCCUUGAUGAGACCACAUCGAGAGUACUAUGUACCCUUUUUGUUUUUGACUCCAUAAGGAAGGGUAUAAUUGCAUUAGAACUGGUUCAGAGAAGAUUCAGAUGUCUGAUUCCUCUAGUGAAAGGGCUCUUUAAGAGGGAAAGUUGCAAAAGUUCUGCCUUUAUCCAUUUGUGUUUAGAAGAAUGAGAAAUGAUCUUGUUGAAACAUAACAGAUCUUGAGGGAACCUGCCAGGGUGGUUGCUGAAAGGAUGCUACUGCCUGUGGGGAACACAGUUUUAAACUAACCGACAUCCCAUUUUUAAUACUGAAAUAAGGAGAAACUUUCUGGGGAUCAUGAGUCCAACAGAUUCUCUUCCCCGCAGAGCAUUGAAGGCAGGGUAAUUGAAAUCUUUCAGCAAAUAAUUAUAUGGGUUCUUGAUCCAUAUCCUGUUCAUUGCUUGCUUUCCAAUUUAUCUUUGUGCUGUCGACAUAUUUGGCCAUAAAACAGACAACCCCUUAAGAGUCAUUAAUAUAGAUUGCAAACAGUUGGAUUCCAUAAUGAGAUAAUGUACUUCUAUAUUAAUAAUUCAAAUUAAUCUCAGCUAGAUGGGCCAGCAAAGCUUCUAUUUUUUAAAUAAUGAGCAUUACUGAGCUGACAAUGAUCAGAUUAUAGAACAUAGAACAGUACAACACAGAACAGGCCCUUCAGCCCACGAUGUUUUGCCGACCAUUGAUCCUCAUGUAUGCCCCCUCAAAUUUCUGUGACCAUAUACAUGUCCAGCAGUCUCUUAAAUGUCCCCAAUGACCUUGCUUCCACAACUGCUGCUGGCAACGCAUUCCAUGCUCUCUCAACUCUGUAAAGAACCCGCCUUUGACAUCCCCUUUAUACUUUCCUCCAACCAGCUUAAAACUAUGACCCCUAAAUUGUGUGGCAGGGAAAGUGGGAUCUUGAAUGAUCAGUCAGCGCUGAGCUCAAUGAGCAGCUAGUUUUAAGAUGCCCUUGAGCUACCCUUCCAUUCCUCCCAUCAACACACCAACUAUCAGAAAUGGAUUUCUACCCUGAAGGGGGAAUCUGGUCAAAACAACCUGAAAAAAUCUGGGCAACAUAAAGGGUUGUGUCUGGAAUUGUCAUUAGAGUUACUAUCAAGGAUACUACCGCCAUUCACUCUUCCACAACAAAACUCUUCUGUUUUUAUUUGGUAGUCAAGUUUGGGAUUGAUUCAUUUGAGUUGACUGACAGUAUUGCUUGUAAUAAAAAUUAUCACUAAGCACAAUCAUUUCCAUUUGAGAUGACAAAAUGUGAGGCUGGAUGAA